GUUAGUGCUGGUUCAUCUUUUGCCAUCAGCAACCUCAGCUUCGACGCAACAAGAACCAAUCGCGCGCUCAUCAUCGACGUACCUCAGAACAUCUCACAACAUGCCUCGUCAGUCUCGUGGUCCAGCCCCAUCGGCCCCCCGCCGCCCAGUCGCUGCUCCAGCUCGCCCGGCACCUCCAUCACCACAGCAAACACGACCCGCUAGCACAGCAGCUGCUCCACCUCACCAGCAGCAGGCACCUCCACCAGCGCCCGCCGCAUCGCAGGGGCCAGGUCUUUUUGGCCAGAUGGCGAGCACAGCAGCCGGUGUAGCAGUCGGCUCCUCCAUCGGUCAUGCCAUCGGCGGUUUCUUUGGUGGCGGAAGCAGCACUCCAGUGCAAGAAGCUGCAUCACCUCAGCAGGCGCAGGAAGCACAGCAAGCAUAUCAGUAUUCCGCCCAGCAACAGCAACAAGGUCCUACGGUUUGCGGAAACGAAGUGCAGGGUUUCAAGAGGUGCAUGGACGAGAAUCAGGGAAAUCUGACCAUCUGUGGAUGGUACUUGGAUCAGCUCAAGGCCUGCCAGGCUGCGGCAAGCCCGUAUUAAGGGCAAAGGGAAUGCGAUGGCGUUGGCGAAGAAGGCCGAUGAAGAGGGCCAUCGCUCAUGAAGACAAAAGAAAAACACUUGCAUUGCAAAGCGAGGGAGCCAUGGGCGAUAGACACGCGGAUAUCUCUGCUCUAAUUCUGUACAUAUAUAAACGUGCUCUAGCACCGGACAGUGCAGAAUCACGAAAGCCUGCCCUGCAUGAGGCCCUGGCAUUAUUGAGCAUUUUGGGUCACCGUCGUGAACGUCGCUGGUGCACGGGAUAACAAAGCAAAGUGCGAGAGAUAAAGUAGUCUCGGCUAGGAAACAACGCAUUUGUCUGCACAAAUACGCCGACUUGUCCAAUCGAUUCGAAUUAAACUCGGAAUCAAACUGAAAAAGAUGAAUAU